AUGAAUGUAAGACAGCCUCAUGAGUAUCGUCUCAAAGGAAGACUCGGUCGUGUUUUUCCGAAUGAGUUUCUUAGGAGUCCAUGUAUCAAGCACUAUAAGUCUUUACUUAAGACUCAAACUCCAGUAAAGGUUGACGGUAGUACGGAGCUUGAAAAUCAAGUGGUUAGCUCGAAGGGUUCAGUCAUAUGCAGCUCUGGUUCAGCGUCUAAUCUCAAGAACAUGCUACGUGAAGGCUGCUCUCAUUCAUGUGACCGGGAUCAAAUCAGCAUAGGAGAAGAAGGAGAGGUAUCUGACAAGAACUUUGUCAACGAAAUAACAAAGGGGGAAAGAAGCUCGAAGAAGAUGAAGACAGUGAAGAUGAGUGGAUGGUCGAGUACUUAUCAGGUUGUUCCACUCAGAAAAACUCCUGCAGAUAUGACGUAA